UGAAAUCCCUGUCCUGAUUUCCGGUGUCAACCUUGUUGGCGGACUUGGAACGAUUGCCACUUUCUGAUGUAUUUCCACCACUUGGAGUGCUGUUAGAUAUCAAAACCUUGAGUUGCUGCACUUUGGUUACUUUACCCGAUGUUUUCACUUUUCAGCUCCGGGCCACCCUUUUUGUAGCUCCUCAGCUACGUAGUUAGCACCGUGUAGCCGCUAAUGAGAGGCUACAGCCCGGCUACGGAAUGCCUCGGAGAAAGAAAAACGGCCAGAGCCCGGCCAGAGUCCCCGGCGGACCGCCAGAGGGGGGAAACCUCGGCCACAACACGGGUUACCGACUACCGCAGGAAUUUGACAGUGCCAUGGCGAACAACUUUCCAUCCAGCUCCGUCAAGGAGAGAAUCGUCAAAAGCAUGCAGGAGAUGUUCUCACACCUGGACCCAGAAGUUAUAUACAUCGUGCUGUCCGAGUGUGAUUUUAAAGUUGAACAUGCAAUGGACUCUCUCUUGGAGCUGUCUGUGGCUGCUGAAGGUGCAGCCCCUAUACCUUCUCCUGUCUCUGGCUUUGAGCGCACUGCUGCAGCCCUGCUCAGCCCACAUCACUUCUCUGAAUCUAGACCAGACGCAGACUCCUCCAAACCACCACAGCUGCCCUGCUCUCCUCCCUCCAGCAAUAUCUUGACAGAGGAGCUGGACCUCCUAGUUGACCAGGAGCUAGAGACACUAACUGCACAACAAGACGACAGCCAGUAUUUAUCUGUUGGCACGUCCCUUUCCUCUUUCCCUCCACCACCAUUCCAACAGCAGGUCCUCCCUGAGCUGCUUCAGUCCAGCCUGCAGCCUGGAUCUAGAGGGCCCUCUGUCGAGCAGCAAGGCCUAGUGGGAAGUCUGGUGGAGCAUAUUUCUGGAGCUUCCUCUCCGCUCGACAACCUCAGCACUUGGGAAGACAAGAUCGUUGAGGAGCAGCAGUCGGUGGAUUUCACACAUCUGAUGAAAGAGACUCCUGCAGACAAGCUGAAACCUCCUUUGGACCUGGCAGCUUCUGGACGUCCCUCGGCUUUCCAGGUGUAUAAAAAGCAAGACCCAUCACACACUCUCUCAGACAAGGCCGGGCUUGUGCCCUCUAAAGCGAUAGUUGGAGGAGCAAGAUCUAAGGUGAACAUGUUGAAUCCGGAGCCGCUUGGCUACAUGCCCUGGAACCUGCAGGCACCAGUGUUUUCUCCUCGUAUCCACGGUAAACAGGGGCCAGUGUUCCUUACCCCUGUGGCUCAAACACCUUCCAACUGGCCCGGCCAACCCAGGCAUGCCUCUCCCUGGUUGAGUCAGGGCCCCGUCAGCCAAGCACCUCUCAAACCUUCUGCUACUAUUCCAAAGUCCUGGGCCCUGCCUGCUGCCCCACAUUCUCCUGCUCACAGCAGGCUUCGUUUGGUAGGGAAGGUCCUUGUGUUGCUACGUGGUGCUCCAGGAUCUGGCAAGUCAACCUUGGCAAGAGCCUUCUUAGAGCAUAACCCAGGUGGAGUUAGACUGAGCACUGACGACUAUUUCACUCGUAAUGGAGUAUAUCAGUUUGACCCCGCUGCUCUGGGGGAGGCCCAUGAGUGGAACCAUAAACAAGCCAAAGAGGCUUUUGAAAGAGGCGCUAACCCCAUCAUCAUUGACAAUACCAACAUGCAGAGCUGGGAGAUGAGACCUUAUGUGGCUCAGGCCCUGAAACAUGGAUAUAAGGUGCUGUUCCGAGAGCCGGACACUUGGUGGAAGAACAAGCCAAAAGAACUGGAGAGGCGUACCACACACAAUGUGCCAGUGGAAAAAAUCCGACGCAUGCUUAAUGGUUAUGAGCGCUUCAUCACAGUCCAGGGCAUCAUGGGUUCACAGAUGCCUGAGAUCAAACAGCGCGUGCCUCUGGAGAACAGAAGCUCACAGCCAGUGUCUUCUGAAACGCCUUGUCCUGACCUUGUAGGGCAGCCUGAAUUGGCGGAGGGAUGUAUGAAAUCCCGCCCUCAGCUGUAUUCCUCUCUCCCUGACGUGUCAUCAAUUGGUCGUUCUAGUGAGGUGGGAAUGAUGGAAGGCAGCACCCACAAAUCUACAGAGUCCCUCAAUUUCCAUCCUACUGGAAGACUUACGGAAAACCCUGUAAUGUCUGAUGGGGAUGAUGACAUGGAUUUGGGGGAAUUAGAUUCUGAGUUGGACGCCAAGUUAGAUAUGAAUCAGAGAAUCCCCGACUGUAUUGUGGAAUCAGUGAUGAGUGAAGAUAAUCGUGGGGAUGAAAUGCCUGUGGCUUUCUCUGAGUCUAUUGCACAAAGAGUAAGGAGAGAAAGGCCAAGCAGGAGGUCGGGAUUUGACAGGUUGAAGCCUGCAGAUCUGGUGAGAGAUACCAACCAAUCACACAGCGAGGCAAAGGGGAAAGAAAAGGCAAGGGAAGCAGAAGCGGUUGAGAUGGAGACGUAUGGGGGAAAGAAGGGAAUGCUUAAGACGUUAGAUUUUGUAGGAGACUGGCCUUGUGAGGGGUCCCUCGAGCAGCGACCGGUGAAGCAAAGAGAAAGGCAUAAAGAGGGAAAUGGGAAGGAAGAUGGAGGUGUGUCUCAAGAAGCUAACACGAAUAAAACGAAAUCGUCGAGACCCAAUGUGACAGAGUUUCAGAAGCUUCUUGAUCUUAUUCAGACAGGAGUCGCUGACAUACAGACAGGCUCUUCCCAUGCGUCCUCCCUUUCCCUGAGCUCUGGAGAGGAACUGGAGAAAGAGGAGGCAGGUGGCAGGUUUGGGGAAUCCCAUGGCAGUAGAUCUAACAGUGAGGAGAGGGUUAGCAGGGUUAACAGCAGCAGAGGUGAAUUACCUGACUGUGUGUUAGACUGGAAGGCAGCUGACUCUUGUAAGGUCAGGGAAUCGAGAAUUGAUCAUUGUGAGGGACUUAAAACUGAAAAUGAAGCGAGUAGGACCACAGGAGGGAAUGAUAAUGUGUUAGAGAUUGGCAGAGAAACAGGGUCUGUGGAUUUGAAAUCGACCAACCCAACAAAUCCUCUCUCAGCUCUUACUGCUAAUUCACUAGUUGUCUCCAAAACUGUGGAGGCAAACGAAUGCCAUGACGGAGCAGGAAGCCACAAUAUUGAAGGUGAGGUUGGUACAAAGCCCACUGCUGGUCGUACUGAUACGGAGAGGAAUAACUGCACAGAGAAUGGCAGAGAGACAAGAGUUGAGGCUGAUGGAAGUCACAUUAGCGAGAUGUGUCAGAGUCCUGUGUGUGACGGCUCUGUGGAAGCAGAAAGCAGUUCUUUCAGUGGAGGCAGUCAGGAGAGAAAGCAGCGUCAGGGUCGUAGAUCGGGGAAACAGUGCAAACUAGCCCUCACCUUUACUCAAAACUGCCCUGCUUCUUCACCGAAUACUCUCGAAUGUCCAAAUUUAAACACAGCCCAAAGUAUAAACCGCAUUCAGAAUAGCAUGAACACAGAUGUUGAACCUAACUUCAAUCCUAACUGUAACGCUAGCCUUAGCCUUAAACCAAACUUUGACCUGUUCACCAAGUCCAAAUCGGAGGCACACCUGCAGCCUUCUUCCCCACUUCCCAUGGUAGACACAGGCAGCCCCACCCAGACAGAACCUCAAGACUUUGCCCUUCUUUGGCGUCUCAAUCGUCAAGACGAUGCAGUCGUCACUGCGUGCAGCCACCAUAGUGACAUCACAGUCCUGUCCGGAGACUCUUCUCGCUUUGUGCCAGAGUUGUCCACUGCUGUCUCUGCGGCGAUUGCAGUUCACCCGUCCGGCCACAGAGUGGUGCCCUAUCGCGUGGUCCAUGAGAAAGGCACACAGGUGGAAGAGAAAGAGCUCGGGGCAACUCAAAACCGGCUUGAGAGCCUGCGCAUUCUCAGCCGCCAUUUUAAACUGGUUAGUUUUGAUACGUUAGAAGAUCUGUAUGACAAAUGCUAUCAGGACUUGGAAUGGACGACCAACUUGCUGCUGGACUCUGGAGAGAGGUUCUUCAGAGAUGAUGAUGGUGAGAAAGAGGAGGAAGAGGAUGGUGCGGGGGGUGAAGAUGAGCAGAACACAUCCAGUCCGUGUGGAGCUUUAGGCGAGCCUGUAGGAACCAGGUUACGUCCUGAUGUGUUGGAUGAGCAUCACCCUGAAGUUUGGCCAAAGGGAGAGCCAAUUGGGUUUGAGGAGGUGACUCAGCAGGCAACCUUUGGGACAGUCAGAGAAUCAGAUGAGAGCUCCAAGAAUACCGAUAUGCUAAGUUUUGGAGGUGCAGCUGUUCCAGUAAGAAAGAAAUAUCAUCCUGAUACAACCUCGCACUUAAAAUCCUCCCCUCAAAGAGAACUUAGUCUGCCUCAUGCAGUAAAUGAAGGAGAUAGAUGGGGUGACACUGAACACAAAGGGACAUCAGAAGCUGACCUAGAAGGCGGUGCUUGGGGUGGAAGCUUAGAUGAUGGUGUAAUAAUUGAAGAGUCAAGAGUUGAGAUUGAUGAGGAGAUUGCUAGCAUGGACGAGGUUCACCGGCUGCUGCAGGCUGAGCUAGAGGAGAUGGAGAGAGAUCAAAAACAGGCGGAGGAGGAGAAGACUGAAAUGAGGCACAUGGAGGAGAGAAGGAGCACACACCUGGACAUUCAGACUGUGGAGCUGAAACUACCCACCGAACUGGCACUGCAGCUAACUGAACUGUUUGGUCCUGUUGGAGUAGACCCAGGUAAAUGCUCCACUGAUGACUAUGUAGUGCAGAUGGACCUGCAACUGGCUAAACUGCUCCACCAGAAGUGGAAGAAAACCAUUCAGGAAAAGCAGAAAAAAGCAACUCUCUCCUCUCACUUCUUUCAGGAAAGUUCAGUACCUCAAGGUGAGUCACCGGGGUCCAGACCUGGAUCACGAGACUGGACACAGCCACUGAACAACCAACCAGAAGCCCAUGGUCAGAUGCCAUUCAUGGACCACUGGAAUGUGUCCCGCCCACAUGUGUCUCUUAGAGAUAUUAUUAAAGAGCAGCAGGCUUUGCAGAAGAACGAGGAAAAGACCAGACAAAGUUGUGCAGACCUUGACCGGCGUGAUGGAGCCACUUUGAUGAAAGAGAACCAACUGUACUCCCUCUUCCCCGCUAUUGACAGGCAUUUCCUCCAGGACAUCUUCAGAGACCACAAUUACAGCCUGACCCAGACGGAGCUGUUUCUUCACUCUCUACUGGACCAGGAACCUGUCAAGACAGUGGUCGCCCCAGAGGCUCCUCGAUCCACCCACCUCAGAGCAGCCAGCAAGGAGAGGGAGAAGAGGCAGAAGCCCCCGGAGCUAACCGUACCUGACUAUCAGGAUACGGAAGACCCAGAGUAUGAGGACUUCAGGGCCGAGGCCAGCCAACAGAAGAGCAGACAGCUCGAGUGUUUCUCCAAAGCUGCUGAGGCGUUCAAGCAAGGACGCAAAGAUGUGGCCUCAUUUUACGCACAGCAAGGACACCUGCAUGGCCAGAGGAUGCGUGAGGCCAAUCACCGUGCAGCAGUUCAGAUUUUUAAGAGGGUCAACUCAUCGCUGCUGCCUAGCAACAUCCUGGACCUCCAUGGGCUGCAUGUAGACGAGGCCCUGAAGCAUCUGGCUGAAGUCUUACAGGACAAAACCACAGAUUGUGAGCAGGGUCUGUGUCGACCUCAGCUCUCUGUCAUCACAGGAAGAGGGAACCACAGCCAGGGGGGCGUGGCCCGCAUCCGCCCCGCUGUUAUAGACUACCUCAACACCAAACACUACAGGUUCACUGAGCCAAAGCCAGGUCUCGUGUUGGUCUCUUUGAUGUGAGAAGAACCUGGUUUAUUGGAUUCAAACUAAAGCCGCUAUGAAGGACAACACACACACACACACACACACACACACACACACACACACACACACACAGUCUGUCUCUCUCACUACUUCUACAAUGCCACAUUUACAAUUACUACAGUUUUCCCCACUCAUCCUGUCUCUAUCUAUCGCUCUUAAAUUAAUCCUAAUCUUAAUCUAGGUUAAAUUGAGGUUCAUUUUAAAUUCAUAAUCAUAAUUUAGAUCUUAAUAAGACUAUUUUUUCUUUUGUGAUUAUGAAAAAUAAGGUGAAACGCAAAUAAGAUAAUUUCACACAGCUGUGAAGCUAGAAUGUAUGUACAUUUUAAAUGUAAAAAUGUUUUUAUAGUGUGAUUGUAUUUUGCUUUACAUUUAUCGUUAUGCCUUUUAAAGAGUAUGAAAAAUCCCUGUGUUUUGAAGGCGUCAUGUUGAAUAAGGCAUUAUUUAAUCAUUCUUACAUUUACUAAUCUGGAGUCACGUUUGAGAAGUGAGGAUUUUAUGAAUCUUUAAUUGAAUCAUGAUUGCACCUUGUCUGCUUGGAGGUUGCUCUCUAGGAAUUUAAGUAAUAUGACAUCCUUUUUUGAGGCACAAUUUAAGCAUUUGACGCCAAUUCUAGAUUUAAUACAUGCCAUGUAGACUGAGAACUUAUCACAAAACUAAAUGCAGAGACGGAAGAGUUUCUUUUGUCUUGGUUGUAGUAUUACAGUGCGUCUUGCUCACCAGGAGGUGAGCCUGAAACUCUUCAGAUGAUCAAAAGGCCAAUAAAUAGGUUUAACAACCUCUUCUGUGAGUUCUGCAGCAAUCGGUCUCCUUUGUCGUAGCAGCUGCCUCAGCAAUAUACUGCAAGUCUUCAUUUACUUAAGGUCAAGCCAAGCUGCUAAAAUAUUGAUCUUCAAACUCAGGAAAAGAUUCACCAUUGUGAGGUUUUGUCUUUCGAGGCCAGUCGGUUAUUUCCAGCCUUUUUUUAACCUAUUGUGCCAAAUUUAGUAGCAGUAGUAUUCCUCAGGUUGGUAUACUAGUUUUGUAGGUUUAAAAUAGCUUCUGUUUUUCUAUCUGUGUGAUAUUUUUCAUAAAGGUACAACAACAAUGUUGACAGAUUUUAUUGAUUGUACAUAAUGUUGUGAACACAUGAAUUAUAAAUAGAAAAUUGUAUUUUUUUAUUCAUUUGUUCUAAUCGUUUUACAGAGAAUAUUGUAUUGUGGAAUAAACUCCUAUUUGUUUACA